AUGGCAAAUCUAACGCCAGUUCACUUCUUUUCACAUGGAUCGACCAUGAUGCUUGGCGAGGAGUCCACAUCGGCCGAUUACUGGAAGAAAUGUGGUGAUGAAGCGCUUGCUCACGGCAUUAAGGGCGUCGUUAUCAUGGGAGCACACUGGGACGCCUUAGGAGACAAAGUUGAAGUCGCCAUGAAUCCCAAGCCUGGGAAAAGCCCCGUGGCCUACGUGAACCCAGCGAAAUACGUCGACUACAAGCUUGUCCCAGACCUCGAAACAGGUGAAAGAUGUAUCGAAAUGCUCGCUAAAGAAGGAUUCAAUGUUUCUGCAAAUACUACCUUCGACUGGAUCCACGACGUCUACCUGAUUCUGAUCCGAAUGUUCUCCGGUGACUGUCCACCUAGCACAUUAAUCUCAAUGAAUGCUCGCUAUGAUCCACACUUUCACAUGAAAAUUGGGGCUACUCUUCGCCCAUUGCGCCACGAGAAUUAUCUCAUCAUCGGCACCGGAGGAGCCGUGCAUAACCUUUAUCGAAAUCAAUGGGCUCCUAUGCUACGCUUCCGAGACAAUUUUGCUAUGGAGACACCCCCGGAGGACUGGGCUUUGGAAUUCAGACAAGCUGUGGAAGAUGUGCUUAUGAAGACGUCAGGCCCGCAACUGCGUCGGGCGAUGACAAGGCUUAUGAAGCACCCAAGAUUCAGGGAUGCACAUGCCACCGAUGAUCACUUUAUGGCAGCAAUGUUUGUUGCAGGAGCUGCAGGGGACUGGGAGGACGAGAAAGCGGAGGCAAUUUUGGGGGCAGAGAGCUGGGAGCUUACCAAUAUGUGUAACUCCCAGUUCACGCUGGGGUCUUGGAAAACGCAGAUAACUGCCUGA